AGUAGCUAGGAUGACAAGUGUGAGCCACCAGAGUCCCAGAUCCAGGGCUCUGGAGGGUUUGGUGGGAGUUUUCUGUCACACACUCCUUGAGAUGGGAGUGUUCUGCUAGGGAGGAAGGAGUUAAGUGGCCCACUGUCACCUCCAAUGGGCAUCAGAUUACCAGCAUACACGUCCUUCCAGGAAGGGGUGGAGCCAGGCCCAGCCUUGAGCUCUCAGCUGCCCAGAGCCUGGGUGAAUCCUCCUGAGACCUGCAAACAGCUUGGACAACUUGUCUUGUCCCCAGCCCCCAGUUAUGGCCUUGUGUCCACCUCAGGGCUGUAGACUCUUCUUAGAGCCCCUCAACCAUCCCCCCGGAGCCCCUAGGGAGCCUGAUGUUGGUGGUUGUGCCAGCUUUCCUGCAUCUGGAGAGGAGACAAGCAGGCCAGCACAAGCCCAGGUGUUUUCAGAUGCCCCUGGCCAUGUCCAGGGUGGGGAGAGGGGCACGGAGCCCAUCACCAGUCCCUCAAGAACAUCAACAGUCUCAUCUCCUGAGGACCCAGCUGUGAACAGACACCAUGAGCACCCCAUCUCUAGUCUGGAGGUACUGGAAGCUGAGCAGGACAGCCUCUACCUUUGCCUGUUGGGGCUGGGCCUCCGUCUGCAGGACCUGGAGCCGGGCCUUGGGCCUUGGACACUGGCCCAGAAUAGGAUGGUCCAGCUGCAGAAGCUACAGGCAGAGCUCCGAGGUGCGGCUGAGCGCGUGGAUGCACUUCUGGCAUUUGGUGAGGGGUUGGCCCAGAGGACUGAGCCCAGGACCUGGGCAUCUCUGCAGCGGAUCCUGAAGGCCCUAGUUGCCCACCGUGACACCAUCUUCCGACGCCUCUGGCAGCUGCAAGCCCAGCUAAUCAGCUAUAGCCUGGUAUGGCCCGCCAUGGUGGGCCCCAGCCGAGUCCCUAGUGCCCCAGCUCCCAUGACUUCUAUCUGUCCUCUGAUCCAGGUAUUUGAGAAAACCUGCACACUGGACCACAACUUGGAAGUUGAGGGUGACUCAGAUGAGCCAGCACCCGGUGGGGCCUGGGGGCCCUGGACACCCAGUCACCUCCCCACUCCCAUGGAACUGGAAUGGGACCCAGCUGGAGAUGUUGGAGGCCUUGGGCCUUCAGGGCAAAAAACAGCACAGACACCAGGGGCUCCCUGUGAGCUUUGUGGCCACAGGGGUCCCCAGGGGAGCGGACAAGGCCUUGAGGACAUUCUAGCCCUGGGGCUCAGCCACCGAAAGUGCUUAGCAGGUCAUCAAAGACACUCUCUACUCCAGAAGUCUCAGGACAGAAAGAGGCGAGCCCCGCCCAGCAUGCAGGAUGUGAUGCUGGAGGAGGACCCUGGGGUCCUUGUUCCUGCUUCCAGGUGGCCUUUGACCUUGCUCCUUCUCUUCUUCCUUCUGGUGGGUGCCAUGGUGCUUCUGCGCAUGUCUGGGGGACUCUGCUGCUCUCAUGCCCAACUGGCCAGGACCCCCUACCUGGUACUUAGCUACGUCAAUGGUCUCCCCCCAGUCUGAGCACCUAGCCAGGACAUGGGGAAUAAACAGUCACUGUCUAAAGGGGUGUGGAGGGCUGGGAAUAUGGCUUAGCG